AUGGCGAACAAGGUAUGUACCUGGUAUUGUCUUCUUCUUUAACAGCAUUGUGUCUUUCUUAACAGACUUCAAACGCCGUACUAUACAUGGUUUUAUCACAAAUAUUUAUAUUCAUUUUAUUGAAGGUGGUUUCACUAAAGGUUCCCGUGGGUAAGACCAUCUACUCUACCUAUGGCGAAAGUAUCCUAACAAGUACGGAAACAACGGAGAUGACCUUACUUGCACCUUGCACACAUGAAACUGCAGAUACUCACUUUAAUGCAGCUGAUGCAGCCUCAAGCAGACAUCGACGAAUUAGAAUUAGAUACAAUAUUACAGAUAUUGUUGUACUUGCUAUUUCAGUGGCUAGCACUCUUCCCACAGAUGAACUCUGGAUAACCCAAGGAUCUGGAAAGAAUUUACAGAAUAUCCCUGCACUUGCCAUAGAAAUGUCCCUAGGUCCUUAAUAUACCGUGCGCUGACUAAGUGUGAUACUGUUUCGAUUUUUGGAGGACGUGGAAAAAAAAACGGCUUAGGGUGUGAAGAAAGUGUUUCCUCAAAUGACACCAGUGGUAAAAGACCUCAAAGCAUCACCACAAGAGAUCACAGGGGGAGGCAUGGUUGUGCUUGAGAGGUUUGUUGUACUUCUAUAUGACCUUACAAGCAGCCUCAAGAAAGUAAACGAGACGCCGCAAAAGCUAUUUAUUUAA